AUGUUUGGGGUGAGUUGUGCCCCGGAAUUGUUCCAGAAGGUUAUGGAGACUAUUAUUGCGGAGCUAGAAGGAGUAAUAGUCUACCUUGACGAUGUUGUAGUUUCGGGGCGUACACAGACUGUGCAUGAUAAUCGGUUGGAAGCACUGUUGGAUAGAUUGGAAAGCUAUAACGUGUUGUUGAACAGGGAUAAAUGUCAGUUUAACGUUCAAGUUUGGAUUUUUUUGGGACACAAUCUGUCGGUAAACGGAGUCAGGCCAGUUGAGAGUCGAGUUUCAGCUGUGGCGAAAUUUAGAGAACCGGCAAACGCGGCAGAGUUACGUAGCUUUCUAGGGUUAGUUACGUAUGUUGGACGAUUUAUACCACAUCUGGCGGCAAAAAUAGAUCCGCUAAGACAGUUGUUACGUAAAGGAGUGACAUUCCAGUGGACGGUUAAACAACAAGCUGCAUUUGACAGUAUCAAGGAAGCGGUGUUCCAAAUCAAGAAUCUAGGUUUCUUCGAUCCCAAAGAUGUCACUAUUCUCGUAGCCGACGCAAGUCCUUCAGGGUUGGGCGCAGUGUUGAUGCAAGAAGAUUCGCUUAAAGUUCGUAGGGUUAUUGCUUAUGCGAGCAAGUCUCUCACUGACCUUGAACGGAAAUAUUUUCACACCGAAAAAGAAGCGUUGGCUUUGAACGAUGGGUACUCCGGUUGCAGUCCUAUAGUUUUGAAAUUGUGUAUGAACCUGGGACUACGAACAUUGCUGAUGCCGUAUCAAGAUUGUCAACAUCCGCACCAACAACAUUUGACGACGGAGAUGAAUGUAAUUCCGAAAGCACUGCAAAACAGGAUUCUGGAACUUUCUCAUGAGGGCCAUCCUGGCAUCGUCGUAAUGAAGAGGCGGUUGAGGCAAAAGGUCUGGUGGCCCGGUAUGGAUAAAGAGGUGGAAAAAAUUGUCAAAGGUUGCAAAGAAUGCAUCUUGGUGUCAGCACAGGAUUCUCCAGAACCUCUGAAACGUACAACCAAGCCUUGGGCCCAUAUCGCAGCAGAUUUCAUGGGUCCAUUGCCGUCGUGCCACAACUUGUUGGUGUUGAUAGACUAUUUCAGUCGUUUCAUUGAAGUGAUAAUCAUGAGAGAAAUAACUGCAAAAUUAACCGUCCAGGCUCUGCACGAAACGUUCUGA